AUGAUUUCGCAAAGAGAAAGAGAGACUACACGAAAGGUAGAUUCGAUGGUGUCGAGGGGCUACAACAGGAUCGAGGUUCUCCUGCCGGAGAACAUCUCAGAGUACAACCGGCUACGGGGGCUGAUCCCGCAGCGGUACGACGGGAGGCGGUCUCGCCCUGCGGCGAUUGUACCUCGAUGGGAACUACCUGAACGGGUCGCCACCAGAGGCGUUUCUUCGCCGGUGGGUGACUGGGAUUCUAGCAGCUUGGGGGACAACUGCCUGGAGCGGUCUCCGGCGAGGUCUGGGCUUUGCCUAAAAUCGUAG